AAAUGCUUGUGUAGUCUAUGAUACUUUGUCUAUGUUUAACACGGAAAGAACACGGCGAAGCGUUUUUGGACAAAAAUCUAACGUUUUUGGUUGCUUUGCUUGUUCAAAUAGGACAAAUUAAAGAAGAUUUAAACCUUGGACUUCGUUAAUCAAAGACGAAAGUAUUGGAGUAGUGAAGAUGGCAGUGAACGUUUAUUCAACGAACGUGACUUCUGAGAAUUUGUCACGACAUGAUAUGUUGGCGUGGGUGAACGACUGCCUGCAGUCGAAUUUCGCCAAGAUUGAGGAACUUUGCACAGGCGCUGCUUACUGCCAGUUCAUGGACAUGUUGUUCCCGAACAGUGUGCCCAUGAAAAGAAUUAAGUUCAAAACAAAUUUAGAACAUGAAUACAUACAAAACUUCAAAAUACUACAAGCUGGUUUCAAAAAAAUGGGUGUUGAUAAGGUAAUACCAGUGGACAAGCUGAUAAAAGGGAGAUUCCAAGACAAUUUUGAGUUUUUACAGUGGUUUAAAAAAUUUUUUGAUGCCAAUUAUGAUGGGAGGGAAUAUGAUGCUUUUGAGGCACGUGGUGGCAUCACUAUCGGGUCAGGGGCUUGUGAAUCAGGAGUGCCGUUAUGUGGGGCAGUGCAGGUGCCACCGCCACCCAGGGCUGCCCGCCGCCCAGCUCCUAUGCACCAUUCCGGCAUUGGUAAAGCAAACAGCACAGUAAGAUCUCCACCAGUUAAUUUAGCCAGAAUAAAUCAAAGUGCUAAAGGAGACUCGAAAGUUAUUGACGAAUUAAAUCUUCAGAUAAAUGAAUUGAAAGCAACAGUUGACGGCCUCGAGAAAGAGAGGGACUUCUAUUUUGGUAAACUCCGGGAUAUAGAGGUGAUCUGUCAAGAAAUGGAAGAACAGCAGAAUGCUCCAAUUGUUCAGAAGAUUUUGGAUAUCUUAUAUGCAACUGAGGACGGAUUCGCGCCUCCAGAGGAAAUAGACGGCGACAACCCACACCCGCCGGAGGAAGACGAAUAUUGAAUAUCAAUGUAUUUACGCGUAUCAUAGUGCUCUUUGUAUAUUACAUAUAUCAAAUCGAAAUUAUCUCGCUUUACAAUCAUCGACAGUAUCGAGUGCUUAGUAUUUCACAGCCAAUGAGUCGUAUAUUGAAUCAUGUAGGUUAAAUGUUUGGAAACAGUGGCCCUAAAAUGGCUUAAUGUAGCUAAUGUUUACAAAUACCUGCACAUUAGAUGUAAAAUGUAUAAUAAUAAAAUUUUACAGUUAUAAGGCUUGUUACAAUUACGACUAGUUGUUGUAAACAUAAACAUGCAAUGUUAUAUUGUAGGUUAUUGUUUCUGAAGAUUAGUUAUAAUAUUUAGCUGUUCUCUGUGUGUAUUGGCCUUUUGACUAUUUAUAAAAGUAUUUGAUGCGCAUUCGCGUCUUUUCCUGUUUCAGAUCUACAUCAGGCAAUGGACAACCCAUUGGACGAUGUAGAUGUGAAACAGGAAAAAACUUUAUUGAUCAAAAAUUGUCAUAUGCACACUCUGUAAUUAUUAUUUUAUACAAAUUCACGUGGCUGUGUCAUAACUAAGUGCAUUCCUUCUCAUGGGAGCGUAGUUUCUUGACAGAUAUUAUUUCUCAAUUCUUUAUGCUCUCCAUAUCCUGCUAAUUGAGUAAUAAUUAUAAAGCUACAUAGAUGCGAUGAAGUUUGACUGUGGAAUUUAUGAAAGCUGUCUUCAUUUUGGGCCACUGGUGCCUAUAUAAAUGUGCAUUUAAUAGGUUGUUAAAUUAUUGGAAGAGAUUUACUGUUAAUUGUUUAAUUCUGUUAUAGUAAUGACGCAGUUAAAUAAAAUUAUGAUAUUCGGUUCUAAAUUAUACCAUUUUUAAACCGUUUUAGUAACAACUGAAUAAUAAUUAGAUCUGAAAAUAACUAACAAAAUUUAACUUGUGAUUACCGUUAUGUGGUUAAAAUGGGUAAUCGCUAAUUGGUUCCAGGUAGUGUGAUAUUUACAUGACCAUUAUUUAGGUUAAUCAAAAUACAAGACUUAAACUUUGAAUUUUGCACUAUUAUAACUAACUUUAAGAGGUGUACUAAUUAAUACAUUAUAAUUCAACAUAUUUUUAUUUAGUAGAUUAUUACAUUCUUUAGACGCGUCGAAGAUACUAACGACUUGUUGGCGCAAAAAGAUGUUAUUCGCUGGUUAAGAUAAAUAGAUAAUUAAUUUAUUUACUUUAGCAUUCAUAAAUUGCCUUAACAGCAGAUUAUUAAUUGCCUCUGGUUUUCAGAUUGUGAAUGUCUUAUCGAAUAAAAUAAUAACUUUAUUAAAA